AAAUGCGGAGCCCUCCCGCCCCUCAAGUGUGUAUGUGCGGCGGCUGGGUGGCCGCGGUUUGUCAGAGACCGAGGUAGAGAAGGGUGGGGGGAACGGCCAAAGUGGAGAGGGUUUAGUGGCAGCCAGAGCAUGCUCUCCGUGCAACAGUUCCCUGCCCUGACUGAGGAGGAGGAGCGCUACCGGCAGGUCCUCUCCGCCAACCGGGUCUUAGGAACAGAUGAGGAUAAUAUGGGCGAUGGUUGCUCUCAGAAACUGGCUUCUGCCAAGUUCCUUCGACUUCUGCUCCUAAUACUGAUUCCGUGCAUCUGUGCCCUUAUCCUUUUAUUGGUGAUCCUGCUUACCUUUGUAGGGGUGUUAGAAAAAACAUGCUUUUAUUCAAAUGGAAGUGAGGUCCUCACAGUUAAUGGUGACAUUGAAACAUCUGAUGUUCUUUUGCCAAACAUGGUUGAAAAUAGUCCCAAGACUGAUCCCACAAUGGAUCUCAGCACACAGCACUCUUCCUGGACCACCAUGCCUUCAUCCCACAUUGACCAAAUGAACAAGAACUCAAGUAUGUUCGGAAACACUUUCCAGGAAGAAUCAUUUGCUCUCACAACUCAAGCCAGUCCUCAUCCCACAUAUGAUGCUGCCUUGGCAGAGGGGUCUGAAGAUGACACCCAGGUAUUUUCCACUGCGGAGGAGGCUACUUUGUGGUCUACAGGUGCAUCCUUUAGCAACACAGACAGGAUGGCCACUCUGCCAGUAUUAAGUCCUACCCAUCCAUCUGUGUCACAAAAAAUGGAUCAGAGAAAAAGUGCCUGCAUAAAUAUCACCAACAGCCAGUGCCAAAUGCUGCCAUAUAACUACACCACUGUAACUUCAGUUCUUUCCAUUGUCAAAAGUAUUGAAAUGGAAAAGUUCCUGAAGUUCUUCAGUUAUCUCAAUCGUCUCAGCUGCUAUCAACACAUCAUGCUGUUUGGCUGUAGUCUUGCUCUUCCUGAAUGCAUCAGUGACGGUGAUGACAGUCGAGGCCUCUUGCCCUGCAGGACAUUUUGUGAGGCAGCAAAAGAAGGCUGUGAACCAGUUCUGGGUAUGGUAAAUGCUUCUUGGCCAGAAUUCCUGAAGUGCUCUCAAUUCCAAAACAAAACUGAAAACGAUACCACUACAAGGUUAUGCUUCUCACCACACCAAGAAAAAGGAAAACAGUCACUGUGUGGAGGAGAGGAGAGUUUCUUGUGUGCCAGUGGGAUCUGCAUUCCAGGGAAACUGCAGUGUAAUGGCUACAACGACUGUGAUGAUUGGAGUGAUGAGGUCCAUUGCAACUGCAGUGAUGAUGUAUUUCGUUGCAACACAGGAAAAUGCCUAAAUUAUACCUUUGUUUGUGAUGGAUACGAUGACUGUGGAGACCUUAGCGAUGAACAGAAUUGUGACUGUAAUCCAGCAACACAUCAUCAGUGUGGAGACGGGAGAUGUAUAACAGCUGAUUGGGUAUGUGAUGGUGACCAUGACUGCAUAGACAAAUCAGAUGAAAUAAAUUGCUCAUGUCAUAGUCAGGGGCUGGUAGAAUGCAGAAAUGGGCAGUGUAUUCCUAGUGCAUUCCAAUGUGAUGGAGAUAAUGACUGCAAAGAUGGAAGUGAUGAAGAAAACUGCAGUGAAAGUCAAACCCUCUGUCAGGGUGGAGACCAGAGAUGUGAUUCCUGUCCUGAUCCCUGUGGAACUUCUCUCUGUGAGAUGAGAAACAGCCAGACAAACUGCAGUCAGUGUGAACCAAUUACUCUGGAACUCUGUAUGAACUUGCCUUACAACUAUACAUAUUACCCAAACUACCUGGGCCACAGAACACAGAAGGAAGCCUCUGUCAGCUGGGAGUCUUCUCUUUUCCCAGCCUUGGUUCAGACCAACUGCUACAAAUACCUCAUGUUUUUUGCCUGUACAAUCUUAGUACCUAAAUGUGACCCCCAUACAAAUCAGCGGAUCCCACCUUGCAGGACAUUAUGUGUGCAGUCUAAGGAACGCUGUGAGUCUGUGCUUGGGAUUGUAGGUCUGCAGUGGCCAGAAGAUACUGACUGCUCUCAGUUUCCAGAUGAGAAAUCAGACAACCAAACUUGUCUAACACCAGAUGAAGAUGUAGAAGAAUGCUCACCCAGUCACUUCAAGUGCCGUUCUGGGAGGUGUGUCCUGGCAUCCAGAAGAUGUGAUGGUCAAGCUGACUGUGAGGACGAUAGUGAUGAGGACAGCUGCGGCUGCAGGGAAAGGGGUCUUUGGGAGUGUCCUUUGAAGAAGCUGUGCAUCAAACACACUAUGAUCUGUGAUGGUUUCCCAGACUGCCCUGAUAUGAUGGAUGAAAAGAACUGCUCACUUUGUGAAGAGAGUGAGGUUGAAUGUGCCAAUCAUCAAUGUGUGCCACGUGAGCUCUGGUGCGAUGGGCAAGCAGACUGCGGUGACAGCUCAGAUGAAUGGGAGUGUGUUACCCUGUCUAAAACCAAGAAUUCCUUGAUGUUCCUGACUGUUCACAGGUCAGCUGCUGAUAACCACGUCUGUGCUGAUGAUUGGCAAGAAAGUUUAAGCCAAAUGGCCUGCAAUCAGAUGGGUUUAGGAGGACCAUCCAAAACAGAUAUUGUAAUAGACAAUGAGGAAAUGCAGCAUCAAAAAUGGCUGAAUCUGCACUCAGACUGGAAGAAUAAAAAUGCCUCCACUUUACAUGCGCUUCUAGUGAGUGGACAGCUGUGUCGAAGCAGAAGCAAAGUGGCUCUCUUUUGCACUAAAGAAGACUGCGGCCGUCGCCCAGCUGCUCGCAUGAACAAGAGGAUCCUCGGUGGCAGGACCAGUCGCCCAGGCCGAUGGCCGUGGCAGUGCUCCCUGCAGAGUGAGCCAAGUGGACACAUUUGUGGCUGUGUUUUGAUCGCAAAGAGAUGGGUCUUGACAGUAGCACACUGCUUUGAAGGGAGAGAAAAUGCAGCUGUUUGGAAAGUAGUGUUUGGGAUUAGCAAUCUUGAUCAACCGUCAGGCUUCAUGCAGACCCGACUAGUGAAGACCAUUAUCCUCCAUCCACGGUACAACAGAGCGGUUGUAGACUAUGAUAUCAGCGUUGUGGAACUAGAUGAGGAUAUCAACGAGACAAGCUAUGUAAGACCUGUCUGCUUGCCCAGCAGGGACCAGCUGGUUCGGCCAGAUACCUACUGCUACAUCACCGGCUGGGGACACAUGGGCAACAAAAUGCCUUUCAAGCUUCAAGAAGGAGAGGUUCGCAUCAUUUCCUUAGAGCAAUGCCAGUCCUACUUUGACAUGAAACCCAUCACCAGCAGGAUGCUGUGUGCUGGCUACGAGUCCGGCACUGUGGACUCUUGCAUGGGCGACAGUGGAGGACCGCUUGUGUGUGAGCAACCUGCAGGGCGCUGGACUUUGUUUGGUUUAACAUCUUGGGGCUCUGUCUGCUUUUCCAAGGUUUUGGGACCUGGAGUUUACAGUAAUGUGUCACAUUUUAUUGAGUGGAUUGAAAGACAAAUAUACAUCCACACCUUUCUGCUCAACUAACUCCAGAUGGUACGAAUUGUGCUGACAGACAAAAGAAAAAAGGAAUCAGCACUUCAGCACUGAAGAUUUUGCAGCUCAGAAACUCUUUGAAAAGGCAUUUCAAGCUCUACAUGUUUUUGUUGUGGAGCUAUGGAAUAUGCAGCCUCUGCUGGUGAAUAUACUUUGGGGUAGAAUUAAUUAAUAAUCCUUUGGACUUUUAUUUUAACUGUGUUAUGGUGCUAGUCCAAACACAGCAAAAGGCUUAAAAGAAUCAGCCACUUUCUGCCUUUUCAAACUAAGCAGUAGCACAGACUAGAAAAAUUUUGUUAGAUAAACCUAUUUUAAUACCGUUUGAUUAGUAGCAUAUGCUUUUUCCCUCUUCUGUUGUCAUGAGGAAUGAACUCGGUGCAUUCAGAUGGCACUGGCAAGAUGUCUGUUCACAAGGACACCACCAGGCAGGGCCACACCACGUGCUGGAGGGUGCGCAAGAGAUCGACUGGUUUGUAUGUCCACGUGGCACAUCCAAGUAAACGUGCAGGUCUCCAAAGGUGCGCAGCUGUGUGCUCCUGCUGUCCCUAUGCUAACACAGCCACCCAGAGCCAGCCGGGGGAGCUCGGCACAUGACGGGGGGACACGUGGGCCAACAGACCUGUAACUACCACUUGAGGCAGCUAAGGCCAAAACUUAGCUAUUUAGACUCUUUGGACAGUUUCUGCUACUUAAUUAUCUGAACCUUCCAGUAUCUUAACGUGUCUGGAUGACACCCACAUCCUGACACCACCAAACUGACGAGCACCUUUAGCAAACCUAUGCCCCACUGGCUUUUUUCCCGAUUUUUGUAUGAAGUGUGCACUGAACAUCUCCAGCCCUCUGAAAACAUAACAGGGUUAGCAAAGCUACUGCAAUGGUGUCCCCUGCCUCGAGGCAGCAACUUUGAACAUCUGGUGAGAUAUGGAAAAUGCACAUUUGAAGUGCAAAAGAUGCAGUGUGAAUGGUAUCCCAAAUACUGUGAAAUAGUGUUUUUGCAUAGGUCUCGUCUAGUAUCUUGAACUGAGUUUCAUUUUGGCUAUCAAGAUUAUACAAU